AUGGGAAUUCCGUAAUCAAAACAAACUCAAUCUCAGCUUUUUGAAGAAACCCUCAAAUAGUUCGACAUCAUAGACAAAUAAUAAACAUACAUACUCUUCCAAAACAAAACUACAAUGCAAAAAUUAGAAUUUUGGACUUUCAAAUAUCACGAUGAAGACUCUUUUAAAAGGGCUGUAAAAGACCUGACUCAGACGAGAACUUGCCAAACUCUGCUUCAAAUUAUCAAGCAGAACUCUGUAACUCAUGACGAAUUCUGUUCUACCUUCUAUGAACUCCAACUGCUUGUUGAACAUCCAGUCCAAAGUUUUGCUGAGUACCUUCAAAAUAGAGGAUAGCAAGAUUACUCUUCCAAAGAAUUGUAUCAUCUGAUUGAUUGUGUAGCGUUCGCAUAAUUAAAUCUUGAUAAAAAACAAUACAUAGGAUUCAAUAAUUUAUGGCAAGGGGAGAAUGAUGUUUGGAAAUUGAGAAGUUUUGAGAAUUCCUAUCGACCCAUAGAUUUCUGGGGAAAAUAGAUUCCGCAUUUAUAUCCAGCACCAGAAGAACUCAAAAUAGACCCAUCGAUUAAGUAUUCUGUUGAAAAAGCAACCGUCUUCACCUUUGGCAUGCUCCUACUUCAUGUUGCAUUAGCCAAGUCUUGUGAUUCUCUAUAUUAGAACAAUACAAUUGAUCCAUAGAGAUUGACAGCUAGAAUUAAUGAAUUUUAAAAGAUUUACCCCAGCACUUUGGCAGACAUCGUUUCUAACAUGCUCUAAUUGGAGCCAUUUCAAAGAUACAGUUACUAAGACAUUCAAAAUAGAUUGAAAGAGGCUUAGCAAUGUAAAAUAAUUGAUAGCACUAAUCUCCUAUUGAAGAUGCCCUAAUAAAUCAACAGUUAAUCCAAGUUCUAAGGAAAUCCUUACAAAUCCCCUGUGGAAACAUCAAGAUUAAUAAACAUUCCACUCUAUCCAGAAUAGCAAUUUAUUAACUCUUAAUCAAUACCUGGAAAUAAUAGUCUCCAAAAUUAUGGCAACUCAUUACAAUAAAAUAACUAAUAAUUGAUAUAGACAAUUACAUAAUCCAAGCAAUAACAAUAAUUUGACAAGUAAUAGCCUUAACCUAUACAAUCAAAUCGUUCCCUCUCCCCAUAUCAAAGUCGGGUCAAAUAGGAUAAAUUAUAAUUUGCCGAUGGAAGAUAUUAUGAAGGAGAAAUCAUGAAUGAGUAAAUGAAUGGUCAGGGCAUACUUUACUAUGCCGAUUCUACAGUUGAAUACGAAGGUUAAUUUGUAAACAAUUAAUUCCAUGGCUUUGGAGUGCAUUGCAAUAAUAAUCCUGAUAUCAUGGAUGCUUUCCUGAAUAUAAAUGAGUUUCCAGGCGAUUUCUAUUAAAACAAGUAAUCUUACUUUAUGAUUAUUAGAAAACAUGGAAUUGGAAGCCUUACUUUUUCAAAUGGGGACUGUUACAUCGGCGGAUUUCAGAAAGACUAAAUGGAGGGUCGAGGUACCUAUACUUAGAAAUACGGGUAGACUUAUAUUGGAUUUUGGGAAGGCAAUAAACUAAAAUAUUGA